GUCGGGCACGGCUCGCGAACAGAGGGGCGGUUGAGUGUCGGACUGCGCUGGGCGUGGGCUGCCGUCACUCCCCAUCCUCUCAGUGGAGACACAUUGUUCGACGCGGGCACAUUUCAGCCCAACCAAUGCGUGCCUGCGAGCAGCUUGGUGCUAUUUAGUUGCGGAAAAGUCAACCGUUUGUGGCUGAUAAUAAAGACACAGUUAUUUCGAGUGGACCGGAAGCUGGGAGAAGACUUGUUUUUUUUCCCUCUGUUCGGAUAUCUUCAAUUCAAGAGCCAACUUGAGUUGGAACAUCGUUUUUUUUUGUUGUUUUUUUUUUACCCCAUUCCCUCUUCCCCUGCCGGACAAAACAUCGCUAUUUAGAGCCCUGCUUGUUUCAAGUUGAUGUUCUAUCUGUGUUGGCCCCGUGAUGACGUGGCGACUUGUCCAGGGUGUACUCCGCCUUCCGCCAGAAUGCAGCUGAGAUAGGCUCCAGCGCCCCCCAAGACCCCGAAGGGAAUAAGCGCAGCAGCGUGGGAGUGUUUGUGUGCAAAGAUGACGGAGUAUAAGCUGGUGGUGGUGGGAGCUGGAGGCGUGGGCAAGAGUGCACUCACCAUUCAACUCAUCCAGAACCACUUUGUGGAUGAAUAUGACCCCACCAUAGAGGACUCGUACAGGAAACAGGUUGUGAUUGACGGAGAGACCUGCCUGCUGGACAUCCUGGACACUGCAGGCCAGGAGGAGUACAGCGCCAUGAGGGACCAGUACAUGAGGACGGGGGAGGGGUUCCUGUGUGUGUUCGCCAUCAACAACACUAAGUCCUUUGAGGACAUUCAUCAAUACAGAGAGCAAAUCAAACGAGUGAAGGACUCAGAUGAUGUUCCCAUGGUGCUUGUGGGCAACAAAUGUGACCUCCCUGCACGCACGGUGGAUACAAGGCAAGCCCAGGAACUUGCCCGCUCCUACGGCAUUCCCUACAUCGAAACCUCCGCCAAGACACGGCAGGGAGUUGAGGAUGCCUUCUACACACUGGUCAGGGAAAUUAGGCAGCAUAAGCUAAGGAAGCUGAACCCACCCGACGAGAGUGGUCAGGACUGUUUGAGCUGUCGCUGUGUGGUAUCGUGAUGAAGCUUACCUUCAAAGCCUGGAAAGAAAUGCCAUACAGCACAAGCAGCCACCGCAUGGACUUGAAAAUAGGAAGAGAAAACUGAAUGAAAAGAGAGAGGAAUCGAUCCGCUGUCUAAACCAGAGCCCUUUUUAUAGAAAAGAUGAUUUUGACUGUUGCCUAUGUGGCUACCUGAACAAGCUUGGCUUGCCCCACCUUUUUGUUGUGGUCCACAUGGACUAAUGAGCAACACCACUAAAGACAAAGGUCAUUCCAAGCAUGGUGUCGUUCGGUAGCUAACUUAUUGUUUUCAGUCUCAACACUGGUCCAACAAGGGCUGCAUCGGGACCACACCUCAUCUUGAAAUGCUCAUUCCACUUGUGCCCUGUUUUUUUCUCACUGGGCCUGGAUUGGCAUUGGACAAUGAUUUCCUGGAUUGCCACACACAUAACCCAUUUUUGGGGGGGGGGGAAGAACAUGUAACUACCUCCCUUUAAAGGUAGAGGCCGACCUGGGAAUUUGUAGAGUUUGAUGUUAUGGUUUUAACUGUUAGCUUUGCUGUAAAAAAAAAAAAAUGUAUUUUGGUUUUGAACUGGAACGUAUUUUGUGGGUGGAUGAUCAGAAAAUACCUGAGCGCCACGUACUCAGGUAUUUUUCAUGAUUGGUAAAUGAGGAAAAAGAGAUUGGCAUUUUGGUUCUGAAUGCAGAUGCCUUACAUUAUUUGCUAAGCGUUGUCUUUAUGAAAUAGUAAUAAUAAUAUUAAUAAUAAUACAAGUUAUGACACGUGUGAACAUGGGUGCUGGUGCAGUGGGUUCUUGUCUAAUGGAAAAUGCACUGGGAGGCUACAGUGCAAUUGCACAGUUGACUACAGGUGAAUAUGAUAGGAGCAACAUGCUAUGCUUGCACAAUUACACAGUUUUAAAUAGAAUUAACCUUUAUUUUGAAAGCGACCGCAAUAUGUGCGACAGUUAUUUCACGUGUCGGUCUUUACAAAAAAAAAAAAACAAUUGCAGAGUGUAACACACACAACA